AUGAUAGAUACGUCUGGAACACGACAGGGACCAUACGUAUCGGGGCUUGUACUUCUGUUUGCGUCCAUAGUGAUAUUCACAGCUUCACACUCGGUGGCCUGGUACAUCGUUGCGAGGGUUCUCCAGGGAGCAGCAACAGCGAUGGUAUCGGUAGCCGGCCUUUCGAUUGUGACAGACGCAGUGGACCGAGGGAGCCUUGGACAGAUGUUUGGGUAUAUUGGCACUGCUAUGACUCUCGGAUUCAUGUCUGGUCCAGUGUUAGGAGGAGUUGCCUACCAAGUUGGAGGUUUUUAUGCAGUGUUCGGAAUGGCCUUCGGAAUUGUUGCUCUCGACCUGUUCUUACGGCUUGCCGUUGUCGAAAAGAGGAUCGCUGAACGCUGGUUAUGUUUCGCUGAGGGUGAAUUGCCAACUCAGGAGAAUGGCUAUGUACCCGAGCAACCGCUAUAUGGAGCCACAGAAGAUCUGAGCAACGAAGUUCAAGAACCACGGACCAUUUUGGAAGCCUCAAAAGGUGCCUUCGCUUUGGGACGGCUCAUAAGACAGCCGCGGAUUAUUAUCAGUCUCUGGGCCGUCAUAGUAGGAGCUCUUGUGGUUUCUGCCUUCGAUGCGGUGCGAGACCAAUCUUGGAUGUUGCCAUGGCCCAUUUCGCUGACGGUUAACCUAGACACUUCCUAUAUUUGUUCAAAACACGUUCAAUUGGAACGUCCUCGGAGCAGGAUUGAUUUUCCUCCCCGGCGCCUCGGCUGCAAUUUUUCAACCAUUCUUCGUUUCGUCAUUCUGGCGCCGACUCUGUUCUGUCUACGCUUCGUCGAAGAAAAAUCACCAUCACAUGUAGCCCUUCUUUGCGUGAUAUUAGUGUUUGUCGGAAUGUGCAUCGAUCUCAGCGAGCCUGCCUUGCUCGUGGAAAUACAACAUGUCCUUGAUGACAUGGAGGCCAAAGAUCCCGGCGUCUUCGGCGGAAAAGGCGCCGUAGCACAGGCUUUCGGGCUGGAAAAUAUGGCUCAUUUUGGUGGUCUUGCACUUGGUCCUUUGGUGGGCGGCUUCGUCGAGUUUCGUUACGGGUGGAAAGUGAUGACCCUUGGGCUUGCGGCCCUGUCGGCACUGACUGCAGUGCCCAUGUUAUGGCUCAGUGGCCACCUAGAAGAUGAUUCAUGGACGGAAUCUGCCGACGAAGAAAUGGAGCGGGAGCCAUUGCUGGGCGAGUAA